GCGAGCAGGAACGGGCCGUCCCACGACGAAGCGCGUCCGUGGUGGGGUGUCAGCCGUGGCUUAUCUGGCGACUUUAUGUAUAUUACGAUACCCGAGGCAGGAACACGAGCAGUUCACUGCUGGCUAACCGGUCGGAGAAGUCGGCGAAGCCGAGUCGUCCGCGCGGCGCGCCUCGCCGAGUGCGUGAGAGAGAAAGAGUGUUCGUUGACGUUUUUCGAACAAAAACCCGUGCCCCCUUUCUUCCUUUUUGUUUCCCCCGUUUCUUCCGCGUUUGUUGCGUGUGUAGAAUAAAUAAUAUCGCGCGAAUUUCACUCGGCACGUCCGCAAGCAGCAAUUGCACGUCAACGUGGUGAUCAGCCGGGCGGCUCGAUAAGUCAAGUCGAUCGAACGGAGCGGUAUCGCAGCUAGCUCGGAGAUCGCUUCGGUCCAGAAUGAUCGUUCUCGCGUGGUGCCUCUUCAUCAUCGUCUCGUUCCUGGUGGCGAGCAACCAGGCCUUCCUCAACGCUCCGAUACCAGCUCACGCGGUGUCGAGUUACAGCAUCGGCGCUGAGAGGCGAAUGGAGAGCAAUAAAGCGAGCCACGGCGCAAACGACAAUCGUCACUCGGUCGACUCGAAAUCCAACGACAGCGACAACGACGUCGACGGCGGGACGCUCUACGUGAUUUUCGAGGGGAAGGAGGAGAGCGCGGAGAAAGAAAGAGACACGGACGAGAGCGGUCCCUAUUUUGUUGUAGUCAAUGGCGAGCUGCAGAACCCGUUGGACCCGUGGUCGAUAGUCUGGUACAUCGGCUCGUUUGGCGGCUUGGUGGCGUUCUUCCUCAUCGUCAGCUGCUCCGAAUGGUGCUGUCGACGGGGCGGUCGACCCCUGACGGUGCCCUACGCGCAGCGUGCCGAGACAAUAAACACAACCGGAGUCACGGAGACCCCGCCGCCGCCUUACCACUUGUUCGCCCCGCCUUCUUACGAUUCUGUCAACUACGGCGAGAUCGUCGACAAGACGUCCGGCGAGAAGCUGGACAUCUACGUGAUCUCGGUGCCGAUCCACAGGCCGGUGGUGCAGGCGCCGGCGUAGGAGGCCCCGAAAAGGCUCGUCCUCUUGGCGAGGAUCGCAGUGCCCGAAUCAACACCGAUGACAGUCGACGGACGAUUGCGGAGGAGCAGUCCGGCGACUCCUUCCUUCAACUCGCCGGCAAGUUCGACGUUGAGGAGGACCGCUCGGGAGAGAAGCGCAGCUGCCUCGGACGUCGUCGUCGCGAUCAUACAGUGACAGGAGUGACUACGUGUGUAUGUGUGUGCGUGUUGCGUUAUAGCUGAAAAAUUAGCUCGCUCGAUGCCAUUGAGAUGACGGGCAUUCGUCGAGGCGUCGAUGUCGCUCCGAAUCAAAUGAAUUUCUCGUAUUUCUAUUGAAAGAUGCCUUUCUGACGAGGAAUUAUUUCGUCAAGGGAUUGUAGAGAUCAUCGUUGAUCUUAAAAAAGAUCACGGCCGAUAGGGAAGAUUGCGUCGACCUCGAGCGCUUCGAUUUAAUCGGAGACGGGGCUCAGUUUUGUAUUACUCCGGGAAAUUCAAUCAACUUUUCGCGCUUUCACGCGGGAUCCUAUGACCAGAAUACGGAAUUCAUUGUCAACAUUUUCCCGGAAUCAACGAGAGGAAAGAACUAACGAUGCUAAAAAGAUCCAAGUCAAUAUUUGUGUGGAAGAAUUUAUCGCGGCGUUAAUAUACCGAGAUGAUAAUUAGAUGGCACAUUAGGUGUACGAUCCAAAGUCAAAGACCCGAAUAUUCUCUGCGAGACAAGAUAUAAUAAGUUAAUAGGAAGGUGAAACAGUUGUACGCGAGAAAAAGCACGCUGGUGAAUUCCUUGAACUGACCAACAGUAGGAGCUUCGAAAUAUAUGUAAUUUAAUUGUUAAUUUCAAUUAUUGCAGAGCGAUAAUUAAUUUACUCGGCCUGCCGAAAGCGGCGAGAAUUCUAUCUGGUUUCUCGACGAGGUCUUUCUUUUGUGAGAACGUUGAUCGUCUCGCGUGCGUGGUGUUGAGGAGUGUGUGUGUUUAGUAGGUAAAAUUAACGGCAGAAUACGCGUUUUAGAAUACAUGUAAUGUAUAAAUGGAACGAAAACGAUUCAGUCACUGCCAUUCCGAGACGGAAUAUAACCACGGUUUAGGUUUCAAAUCCAGAUUUAAAUUUAUCGCGAUUCUUUUAUACACUUAAGAAAUAUCGCGUCUUUAAAAGUAAAUGUCAAUGAAUCCGGGGAGAAUUCCCUUUUAGAAUUUACCCUGAGAGUCGCGGUAGCGGCGGGACAAAAAUUUUGCGAGAGCUUUUUGAAAUUGCACUAUGUAUUUUAGCAAAAUUAAUCAUAUUUUAUAUUUAAUUGUAGACGAUAUUAAUAUUUUUCCAUUGUAAAAGCUCUCGUAAAAUUCUUCGAAGUGCCAUGGCUACCAUGAUUUUCAGAGGGGAAAUUCUAAGAGAAAAUUCUCCCCACGCACGCACACACACACACACAAACGCGCAUACAACGACUUUGAGGAAUUUCCGUUUUAUUUCUCCUCGCGAUCGACGACGUCGUCGUUUCGUCGCGGCCGUUGGCGAAUUCAUGCGAGAUGUAGCGUUAAAUAUGAAUUAAGAUAACUUUACACAGUGAUAUCGUCGCAUGCGACUGGCCCCAGUCGCCUAUCGACUCCGUCAAUUAGGGACGAUUAGCGUAGAUUACAAAUCAACUGCCAUGAAAAGUGUUUCCCCGCGAACGAGGCUGCGAAAAUAAUUCGAGACAAUGGGAGAAGCGAGCCGGCGUCUGCCGCGAGCGACUGCAACGCGAAUUGCAGUUGAGCGAAAGGGACGAAGGAGGGACAGAUGUCAGCGGCGCCUCGCGUGAGCAGCGAACCGCGGCCGAUUAAUUACACGUUAAUUAACGUCGCGUUAGUACGUUAACGACGAAGUUUUCGCGCGGCUCCUCGUCGCGUCGGAGAAUGCGUCUCUCUGCGCGAGAUCGUAAACACGCGAAACGCGCGUCGGCGAAUCGUUGAAGAAUGUCCUGCGAACUACAAGAUAUUCGUGUCAAGUCGACGGCGUCGCUCGCUGCCAGUCUACCAAAACGAACGCGACGAAGAGUGUAACGAGAUCUCGACGCCGCGGUUCGCUGCGGACAAGAUAAUAUUUCAUUAUGCUUACAGUAAGAGGGAAAUGAAAGAGGGGGGGGGGAAUUAGAUUUUUCUCUCAGAAUCUGUAGAGAGCGACUGUCGUAGAGAGUCUUGCGUUUAUAAAACUGCAAUAUAAUCAUACUUUACACUCGUGGCGAUAGAACGAGGCCUAAUUAUCAACGGUAAAUUCUAAAAUGUGCAAUAUCCGCCGCGGAUAUCUCUUCCGGUUUAAGUCUUUCGGGCUCUCGCGGGAUAUAUCGUAGCUGGAUAGACGUAGGUGCGUGUGAGAGAGACGCGCGUGCCAGAAUGCGCUGCGACUAAUUAAUUAGCGAGUUAACGUGACUUGUACGCGACGUCAGUUACGAUUAGCGAAACGGCAAUCAAACGGCUGUCGCGAUUGAAGAAGAUUGAAAAUCGCGGCGAUAUCUCGCGACAAUAUACGGCAUCUCCAUUCUGUGAUCACGAGAGAUCCGGGGAGACGGCCCUGGUGCUCGAUUCUUGAAUUCGUCCGAAAGAGAAACGUUUUCGAAAAUUGCGCCCUCGCAGAAAAGUUGAAAAUCGACUGGUUAAAAACCAUGCGAAUAGCCAAUCGACCUGCAACUUUUCUGUAAGAGCAGAAUUUUCGCAUACGUUUCCCUUUCGAAUGAAUUGAAGAAUCGAACACCAGCCCACACGUUUGAACAAGAGGUCGGAAGGUUGUGUGAGCGACGUUCGUAAAUACUGUGACUCGCGUGAGAACAGCCGAGCGGAUAAACAAAGCAGGAUCAAUCGCGAGAGCGGUCUCGGCAGCUGCGCGUUGGCUCUGGCUAAGCGCGGACGACUACUCUCGUUUACUUUCCCUGCCUCGCUACUGUUAAAAUCAUCGUUAACGUCGCUACCGUACUCUUGACUGCGCUCGCGACGCGCUGCCCGAUCGCCGCGACCGGUGGGAUUCUCUGGGAAGGGAUCGGAAUAACCGGCGCCAUUUGUCUCAAACUUGGCGGUAGUGUGACCCGUGCUGCAAAUGUUUGAAAGCGUUCUCCUUCUUUUGCUAAAGGGAAGGAGAACGCUUGUAGCAUCCGCCUGCCUCUGUCUUAGCUUCAUCUUCUUAAGGCCAAUUUCUAGCAUCGGGGACAUUGGGCUUUACUUCCCCUGUUCGGUUCUGAAGCAAAUGGCCGCCGGCCAAUAGAAAACGCAACCGGCUAUUCCGAUCGCUUCCUGGAAGAUCUCUAGCGACCGAGGGCGCGCCGUGACCCAAACCCCGAGACUCGUACCCAUAAGACUCACGGAGUGACGGCGCGCGCGUGCGCCGUCGAUAUUUAUUUUUUAUACUUUUAUACACGCUGUUUAUAUGUCUGGACGUGACUCUACCUUACCAAUAAAAUUUCUUUCCUCACGUAA